CAUGAGUGCUGGAUUAUAGGUGUGCACCAUCACAGCUGGCCUCUAUGUUACUUUUAAACCAACCAUGAGAACUGCAUGGAGCAUGGUUUGAAAAUCUCUGCUGUGAAAUUAGCCACUAAAUGUGUCCGUAGGCUUAUAUUAGAAUGUUAAUCUUUAUUAACAGGUAAAACGUUGAGAUGUUUAUAAAAAGUGUUAAUUUUUAAUUUACUCACCCAAGGUAAUUACAAUCAUUAAAAUAUAUUUCCCAGAGUCUGGAUUCUCCAAUCUUUAACAAAAGGAUGUUGCAGAACCCUUGCCUUUUCUAAGACAUCUCUCAGAAAUCCUAUCCAACAAUUCCAUUUUUUCCCCUGGGGGCUGGGGACCAAACCUAAGGCCUUACAUAUGUGAGCUACACCCCUCACUACCUCUAGUACUGAGCUAUAUCCUUCAGUCCCCAGUAACUUCUUAAAAUUCCAUAGGCAAAAUUUAGUCAUCUGGCCACACUUAGCUACAAAGGAGCCUUGUGUGUUGCCCUUUCCCAGACAGAUGAAAUUAUUCACACUGACACAGUAAUAUCUAGGCAGAUCAACUACCACUCCUCAAUUCUACUUCUCUGCUCUGUGUGUGCUUAACUUUUUAUAUGGAUUUGUGUUAUUACCACCAUCAGGAUACACAACAACUCUAGCUACCCUCAUGCCUAUUCCUUACACUAUAGUUACACCUUCCCCUACCACUACCUUUACCAGUUUCCACCACUAUAGCUUUGUGAUUUCAUUCAUAUUGUACGGAUGGAACUACACAGUACGUAACCUUUUGAAAUUGGCUUCUUUCACUCGGCGAACCUUUGAGAUUAACUGAAGUUGUUGCAUCUGCUAACAGUUUAUUCCCAUUUUUUUGCUGAGUAGUAUUCCAUGGUAUAAGUGUACCAGUUUUAUUUAUUCACCCGUUGAAGGACAUUUGGAUCAUUUCUAGUGUUUUGCUAUUAUAGUACAGUUGCUAUUUGUGUAAUGUUUUUGUGUGAACAUAAGUUCUCAUCUAUGUAUAAUUUUUACUUUGAUGAGAUUAUCUACAAGGACAUUAUUUGUUAAUGUUUCCUCUCUCCAUUAAACUAUGUAGGCCUUUAAGAUUUUGUCUAAUCCACAGCAAACAGAAUAGUACAAUGGUUUAGAAUACCAUUCCUUGCCUGUGUUUGAAUUCCAGCUUUACCAUUUAAUAGUGCUGUGGCACUGGGCAAGUUAUUUGACAUCUCUAUGCCUCAAUUUUCUUAUCCUGGAAAACUGGGAUAAACAGUCCCUCUACCUUCCAAGGGGUUUUAAAGAUUUGAAAAAAAUUCAUACAUAUGAGUUUGCUGAGGUCAGUGUCAAAACACUUUGUUAUACUUAGCACCUAGUAAAGUUCACUAGGAUGUGAACUUUAGAAUAAGAAUGUAGGUGUUCAUAAAUUUUUGUUGAAUAAAUGACUUCACCAGUUUAAAAAAUCCUUGCAUAACUGUUUUUCACUAUUUUUUCUUCAACAAAAAUUUAUGAACAUCUUCUAAGCCCAGGAGUUGUACUAGGCACCGGGAACAUAGUUGGAAACCAAUGUUUUCAUUGAGAGAAACGAAAUAUUGACUUAUUUUAAAAAUUUUUUCCUCUCAAAAUUAUCCUUAAAUAAAAAUUCAUUUCAUGAACAUUUUGUUUUACGGAAAUGAAAUAGUAAAGAUGACUACGAUACAUAUGUUGAUGUCUUACAGGAAUCGAAUUCAUGACCUUGUGCUUGCCAGGCUGGCGCUGUGCCACUGAGCUAAAUCCCCAGCCCCAUUAAUUUACUUUUUGAACCAAAGAGCAAAACUAAGAUGAAAUACAAGAUAGGAAUUUUAGUAAGGGCAUGAGAGCUCUUGUCCUUAGUGGAGAUGUUUUCAAAUUUGUUGUCCUUAAGAGCAGGGGUAUAUGCUCAAUUUUACUUCAAAUAAGACUGAUGAUCCUGAAACUCUCUCUAUAAUAAGUAAUGCUGGUGGAUAUACUUUAGGCCAUAUUUUCAGAUGAAUUGUAACAUCAUUAAAUUUUGCACUUCCUUAACUGUGUUGGUUGGUGUGGCUUGAAAUUAUUAGAUUAUAGGGUGGUCCAAUUAUUUGGUUUAAACAGUCAUACCUACGCCCUAUAGUUUAAUUACCACAAAUUAAUCAAUCUCACCACAAAUCUUUGCCUGUCACUGACAAUAACUUUAUACUUACGCGGUUGAAAAUUUCGGCAGUUAAAAUAACUGCUGAGUUUCACUCGAGAACCUGCAAUUUUAUCCAAUUUAAACUUCAGUCAUAUCUCCCUUGAGGAUAGGCUAAGUCUGAAUUUCAAAAGACUUUUCGUUGCUAUGGGUUUUCUUUUUACUUUUAAAACUAAAGAAAAUCUUGGUACUUGAUUAACAAUGAAAUUAGUAAAACAAUUAGACAUGGGUUUCUGUCCAGGAAAUUUUUUUUUUUUUAAACUACGAAAUCUCAGCAACAUUUUGACUACUUCUAAAGAAAGACAUUUAAGGCCGGAAACUUUCCCCACUAUCCUACUAACUCUGAGAAAUACAGCAAAGUAAAAUUCACGGUGAUGCUACUGCCGAUGCCGAUGUUUUUAUUUAUUAGAUCACAGAGUUUUAAAAGCCUGGUUUUAAAAGACAGGAGAGCCAGGGGGAGUCCGCGGCGUGUGGGGGCUGCGGCCGAGGGCAGGGAAGCGAAGGGUAGAAGAUCGCGACUCAGGAUGCCCAGCCCUGGAUAGCCCGCCCGAACGGUAGGGCAGAUGCGGUUCUAGCUAAUUAAAGGAGCCCAGGACGCUGCCCUCUCGGGGCCCGGGCCGGGUCUGCUGCUCUCGGAGAGCCGUGGGCGGGGCCUAGUGGGGAUUCAAAUCCAGAGCGGGACGCGCGCGAGCCCAGCAGGUGCUCGGUCCCGCUCCCGGGGGCCGCGUUCCCGCCCCUACCUGCACAAGGCCGGAAGUCACCUAACGGGGAGCGGCGUCGCCAUUGUUGUCAGUGCGUCCACGGCACCGAACCCCAGAAAGAAAUUUCGGCCUCUGUGUUCCUUUUUUUUUUUUUUUUUUCCCCCUGUGUUUCUUUUUUUACCAUGCCACGAGGGAAGCCGAAGCAAAGCCCGGUGGGAGAAGGAUGAGCUGUAGUAAACACACAAGCGCCCCACACGUCACACUUCCCAGGCAGGAUAAGCUUUCCAAGGGCGCUAAGAGGCGAGAACGCAUGCGCCAGACGUGUUUAAGGCGCGAGGAGAAAAUUGCGCAUGUGCACAGCCGACACGAAAAUAAAAUCUAGGGGUUGACUGGCGCUUUAGUUCCCCAAGGGUGCAGCCGCACUGGCGCGCGUGCGUAGCGCGCACGAGGCGGGGGUGGAGCUGUUCUGAGGGGGCCGGCAGCCAGCAGCUCCGGCCUCGCGCGCCCCCUGUCGUGCACCCGGGGGAGAGGCGGGAACGAGGAGGGGGCGGAGAGGAGGGGGGAGGGGAGCGGGAUCGAGGGAGGGUUUAUCGACCGGGCGAUUUUGGUUAAAAUAUUCAAAAUGGCGGACGGAGGAGCAGCGAGUCAAGAUGAGAGUUCAGCCGCGGCGGCUGCAGCAGCAGACUCAAGAAUGAACAAUCUAUCAGAAACCAGUAAACCAUCUAUGGAGAGUACAGAUGGCAACACAGGCACACAAACCAAUGGUCUGGACUUUCAGAAGCAGCCUGUGCCUGUCGGAGGAGCAAUCUCAACAGCCCAGGCCCAGGCUUUCCUUGGACAUCUCCAUCAGGUGCAGCUGGCUGGAACAAGUUUACAGGCUGCUGCUCAGUCUUUAAAUGUACAGGCAAAAUCUAAUGAAGAAUCGGGGGAUUCACAGCAGCCAAGCCAGCCUUCCCAGCAGCCUUCAGUGCAGGCAGCCAUUCCCCAGACCCAGCUUAUGCUGGCUGGAGGACAGAUAACCGGGCUCACAUUGACGCCAGCCCAGCAGCAGUUACUACUACAGCAGGCACAGGCACAGGCACAGCUGCUGGCGGCUGCGGUACAACAACAUUCUGCCAGCCAGCAGCACAGCGCUGCUGGGGCCACCAUCUCCGCCUCCGCCGCCACGCCCAUGACGCAGAUACCGCUGUCGCAGCCCAUCCAGAUCGCACAGGAUCUUCAGCAAUUGCAGCAGCUUCAACAGCAAAAUCUCAACCUGCAGCAAUUCGUGUUGGUGCAUCCGACCACCAACUUGCAGCCCGCGCAGUUUAUCAUCUCCCAGACGCCCCAGGGCCAGCAGGGUCUCCUGCAAGCGCAAAAUCUUUUAACGCAACUACCUCAGCAAAGCCAAGCCAACCUCCUACAGUCACAGCCAAGCAUCACCCUCACCUCCCAGCCAGCAACCCCAACACGCACAAUAGCAGCAACCCCAAUUCAAACACUUCCACAGAGCCAGACAACACCAAAGCGAAUUGAUACCCCCAGCUUGGAGGAGCCCAGUGACCUUGAGGAGCUUGAGCAAUUUGCCAAGACCUUCAAACAAAGACGAAUCAAACUUGGAUUUACUCAGGGUGAUGUUGGGCUCGCUAUGGGUAAACUAUAUGGAAACGACUUCAGCCAAACUACCAUCUCUCGCUUUGAAGCCUUGAACCUCAGCUUUAAGAACAUGUGCAAGUUAAAGCCACUUUUAGAGAAGUGGCUAAAUGAUGCAGAGAACCUCUCAUCUGAUUCGUCUGUCUCCAGCCCAAGUGCCCUGAAUUCUCCAGGGCAGGGAGUGGAGGGUUUGAAUCGUAGGAGGAAGAAACGCACCAGCAUAGAGACCAACAUCCGUGCGGCCUUAGAGAAGAGUUUCUUGGAGAAUCAAAAGCCUACCUCAGAAGAGAUCACCUUGAUUGCUGAACAGCUCAAUAUGGAAAAAGAGGUGAUUCGUGUUUGGUUUUGUAACCGACGCCAGAAGGAAAAAAGAAUCAACCCACCAAGUAGUGGUGGGACCAGCAGCUCACCUAUCAAAGCAAUUUUCCCCAGCCCAACCUCACUGGUGGCAACCACGCCAAGCCUUGUGACAAGCAGUACAGCAGCUACUCUCACAGUCAACCCUGUCCUCCCCCUAACCAGCGCUGCAGUGACUAAUCUCUCUGUUACAGGCACUACAGACACCACGUCCAACAACACAGCCACCGUGAUUUCCACAGCCCCUCCGGCUUCCUCAGCAGUCACAAGCCCCUCUCUGAGUCCUUCCCCUUCUGCCUCCGCUUCCACCUCUGAGGCAUCCAGUGCCAGUGAGACCAGCACAACCCAGACCACCUCUACUCCACUGUCCUCCCCUCUUGGGACCAGCCAGGUGAUGGUGACAGCAUCAGGCUUGCAAACAGCAGCCGCCGCCGCUCUCCAAGGAGCUGCACAGUUGCCAGCAAAUGCCAGUCUUGCUGCCAUGGCUGCUGCUGCAGGACUCAGCCCAGGCCUGAUGGCACCCUCGCAGUUUGCAGCUGGAGGUGCCUUACUCAGUCUCAAUCCAGGGACCCUGGGCAGUGCUCUCAGCCCCGCUCUGAUGAGUAACAGUACACUGGCAACUAUUCAAGCUCUUGCUUCCGGUGGCUCUCUUCCAAUAACGUCACUGGAUGCAACUGGGAACCUGGUGUUCGCCAAUGCUGGAGGUGCCCCCAACAUCGUGACUGCCCCUCUGUUCCUGAACCCUCAGAACCUCUCUCUGCUCACCAGCAACCCGGUUAGCUUGGUUUCUGCUGCUGCCGCCUCCACAGGGAACUCAGCACCUGUCGCCAGCCUUCAUGCCACCUCCACCUCCGCGGAGUCCAUGCAGAACUCUCUCUUCACGGUGGCCUCUGCCAGUGGGGCUGCGUCCACCACCACCACCGCCUCCAAGGCGCAGUGAGCUGGGCACAGAGCCUUUGUCACUCUGCAGCGGGAUCAGGCUGCCAGCCAGUUAGUACACUGAAAAUGUUACCGGCUUCCUCUCACCGUGUUGUGAGGGCAAGGAGACAAAGAGAGAAGAAGGAUACACAUACCAGAAAAAACAGAGACAGAUAACAUUUGCCUAAUUUUAUAAUAAAACACUGUCUUUUCAGGAUUGCUUCAUGGACUGGAGAACUUUCUAACCAAAAAUUAAAAAAAAAAAAAAACAGAAACAAAAAAAUCAAAAACAAGUGAAAGGACUACGUAUCAUUUCCAGCAGUCAUGAUGACAAGGUGGGUUACCAAUUCCAAUAUAGGAAGGGGAUUUCUUGUUUGUCUAAAUUUCUUUUUUCUUAAAAAAAAAAUCAUUUUUAUGGGUCUGUUGUACAGGCCAUUAAGUCAUAACAAGGUGUUUAUAAUCGUAUCAAUUGUGUUGGGGGUUCCUUUCUUAACUGGUACAAUUUAGGCAGGCCUGUAUUACUGUAUCUCUGUUAUUGUUGUUGUUAUUAUUGUUUUUAUAUAUAUAUAUAGAGUUUGGACAUGUUUAUCUCUCGCUCCUGGAUCCUAUUUCAGUGAGCUCCCACACUGUGGGGAGGGAGGGUUUUGGGGUAAGGGGAGACUUAACGUUCUUAACUGCGGGGAAUGUUCUUGCUGGUUUCCUUAUCCUUGAUGACUCUUACAGAGGUGCUAGAAAAUUAUUUUCUUUUGCCACUUAUGCAAGAGGCUUGGUGCAGAAGCUGAAGGCAGUGUGUGCAAACACUCCUACUUCACACACGCCCCUCCCCCAUCAGGUGGUGCCUUUGGAGCACUUUUGUGUAGGAAGGAAUUCCUGCUGAACUGUAGCUCUCACUCACCCCAAAUCAUGGAAUGGCCCUGAGGCCCAAGUCCUGUGGUGCAACAGUGCUGCUUUCUGCUACUUUGAACAGGAAUAGCUGCACAUGUUGCAGGGCAGGGUUUGGUUCUGAAGACUACUGCAGACACCUGACUUGGUGGUUCUCCUGAUUUCUUAUCUCCUGAAAAAUGCUCCUACUGUUGAUAUAUGUGUUUGUGUGUCCCAUUUUAUGGAAGUCUUCAUCCAAACUUUGACUUACUUGGCAGAGAACAAACUGACCUAUUGAAAUUGUGAAACAUUUCCCUUUUGUUUUCUGAAGAAAUUCUACUAGAGUAUUUCCCAUCAACUACAUGUCCAGAAGAGGUUGAGGAAAAGAAUCUGAGGUUGCCACCUUUUCCUCUAGAGAGCCACAGACUUAUGCCCCCUAGGUGGCUUAUAACUUACUCAAACCCUGAGAUUCUCCUCUAUUCUCUAACAGAGGCACUUAUUGGCCGGGCUGUACUGGGGUCUGUAGAACUUUUACAGAAAGGCUGAGCAGGAACUUUGCACACACCUUGUCAUCUGGGAUGCUCCUGCUAGGUAGGUCUGAUGACAGUACAUAUCCCUUUAUUCAAUUUAGACAGUGACUGGCUCCUGUUACUGUUUUCAGGGUGUUUCUAGACUACAUAAAUGAGCCCACUGAAAAGAAAGAGCUUGUGAAACGGAUAAAGGGGAAUGAGGAUAAUUUAAAGAUUAAAUUCCCCUUCUUGCCAAUGUACAAUUAUUAUAGUAUCUAUACCAAAAAUUUCCCCAAGAGACUGGACCACUGCAAUGUAGUUUAUCUACAUUCCCCUUCAGAGUGGAGUUACAGGUUCCUAUUUGGUGUCUAGUGUUCGAUUUCCAGUGGUCCCAAGACUGCACUUUGUCCCCCUUUUGUGCUGGGGGUUAAGAGAGAGCUAACAGGUGACUUUCCUUUUAAUUGCUUUGCUUGUGUCCACAAGAGAGCUGAGAUUCGUCUAUUUGUCUCUCUUGACCACUGUUGAGAAAGACACUAAUACACGAAUGUGUACCUUUGUUUGUGAUUCAAGUGGGAAACAGUCAUAUUAAUAUUAAAGGUCAGAAACAUUUUAGUCCCCUUUUAAAUUUUUGUUUAGUUCCCUCUGCCUUGUUUUACUUCUCAAAGUAUUUAAUUAUUCCCUCCCUCCCAAUUUCCUCUUCAUACCCUUUACUCUCCCUCAGAUCCCUCUAAAAUCAGUGAACUGCAAGCAGGGAAACUAACAGAUGUCCAUCCACCUGUUUUUGUGUGGUGUGUGGUGGUGGUUUUUUUUUUUUUUUUAAUGUUUUUAUUUUUAAACUAAGCUUGAACCAAAGUCAAAUUUUAGCAAGCUGCUGUACUAAUGGACUAGUUUAUAACGUGCAGUUCAGACACAUUGAGGAGAUAGAUGCUACUGACAAUUUCUUUUUCAUUUGUCUUUAUUAAUUUUAUAUAAAAGUUGCUGCUUGUUUUUAAUCUUUUGUGUUGAUAAAUUGUAGUAUCCUCUGGGCAGACAUUACCUUGAUUUUUAACUAUUUUAUUUAGGUUGUGUGUAAAUAGAAUGGCAGUGUCAGUUACUAAUUUUUCUCCUCUCCAUCAGCUUUUUCUCUUUCAUAGUUAAAGGUGAUCUUUUACCAUGACUUGAUGUCUCUAACUUUAGUCUGUGCAGAUGAUUUUAGGGCUACAGAUAAUGCUGUAGCUACCUGUAGUAAAGAGUCCCUCCAAUAGGAGUAUGGAAGUUAAGAGGAAGGAUUCAGGGAGGGAAAUGCUGAUACCUACCACAUUGGAUUAGAGGUUAUAGCAUUAAUUUCCCCAAAUUGCUACCAAAGGAAGUGUGAGGCCCCAAGGGACUCUAGCCCAGUGAGUUAAAAGGAAAGACAAGGAAAGGUAUUUUUGGUUUUGUUUUCUGUGAUUAAAAAAAUGAUGACUCUCCCAAAUAAUAUUCACCAACAGACUUUAGUAUUAAAGAAAAUAUUAAGCUUUAAACAUCAGCUUAAUAGUCUUUCAGUCCCCACCAUGUCUAUAUGUGGUCUCCAGUCUCCUCUAAGGGGACUGUGCCUUUCUUUAUGCAGAUCACUAGAUGAGGGUAGAUCUUAAGCUAGCUUAACAAUCUGUAUUGAAAAGAACAAUUAGACCUGUAGAGGUAACUUUAAAUUUUUUCUCUUAUUUUACAUACUUAAAAGUAAGUUAUGGAAUGGAAGGUACUUUUUCACACAUGAAACACUAAUAUAGCUUGUUGGUGGGGGCUUAGUUUCACAUCAGCUCCCAAUCAUUAGCCCUAGAUACUCUGCUAAUCGUACUUGCUUCAUGAACGCCUUAGUCUUUUUUUUUUUUUUUUUUUUUUUAUCAUCUUGAGAAAUACUUUUUGAAUUGAAUGAACUAUCUCCUAAGCUAAGGUACUCAGACCUAACUUUCAGCCACCUGUUAGAGGGGAGUGUGGAAACUCAAGGGGUCAUUUGACCAAAAAGAGUUCUUUGGUAGAGUCCUUAUAUUUGGAAGAAAGGCCAGGUAGUUGUUACAGUUCUUGUUACUUUCUUUUUUUCUUACCAUUAGUGUUUAUGCAAGUUUUAUUUCCUCCCUGAAUUUGGUUAACACAUGUUAAGCCAAAGACUAAUUUUAAAUGCAUUUAUAGUAAUACUGUAUUUGCCCAUGAUAAUGGGCCCUCCUAAGGGAGUAGUGAAUGUAAUUAUAAACCCUGCUUAGCAUAAGCGAUGCAGUUUGGUCAUGAACUUUAUUUAUACCCUAUAUAAAUCUGAAAAACAGAACAGAAAGAUCUAAAAAAGGGCUUCUCACAGAAAUAAUAUUAUUCUAAGAAAUGAGUUUAAAGGAAAUAAAUUGAAAUAAGCUGUAUUAGUUGAAAUGUUUCUGAGGUUCAAAAGGCAGCUUUUUAAACUAAGAAAGAAUUACUUAUACCCAUUAAGUGAUAUUAUACACACUCCCUUUUAGUUGUUGUCAGAAAGGUCAAAACCAUCCCAAUUUAUUCAGUUUGUCACUCAAGAAUGGAACCAAAGGAAUUCAACUUUCAUUUUGCAUAGAACCACACCUGUUUACACUUCAUGGUAGCAUUAUUAGAAAUUAAUAUUUUUAAAAGGGAAAAUAUCCAUUGAAAGAUUUUUAGUGAGCUCAUCUUGCCAAUUUUUCAUUUGUUCUUGGGGGGAAAAGCACAGUUAUACCUCUUUUUAAUGUUAGUUUGUCUAUUAAUCUUCAUGUAUUUGGGAAGAGGAAAAUAUAUGAUCUGAAAGCACAGAUAUUUGUUUGACACAAUUUUUAAAUGCAACCCACUCUUUAUUAUAAAAUUAUGUUUAACUUUCUGGAAAAGCUAGAUGCACCUGCAAAUAUAAGGAAUUUGUGUCAGUUUUUAAGGUUAGGAAUCCCAGCAGAAAACAUUUCAAGUAGUAGGCAGUGAACACUUGGCUUGCAGAGAAACUCUGUAGUUCAUAAUUUGCCAUUGCUCCCAAGAUGGGUCAUCCUCACAGAUCUUUCUUGACCUAGAAAGAAGUAAGAUCAUUGAGAAGGGAGACAGAGGAGAAGCUUCUUUCUUACGUUUCUCCCCAGGAAAGAAAAGCUGCUGGGAAUGAAGGGGGAGCGAGGAACCCUAGAGUCCACUCUGCAGUCACAGUCCCUCAGGAGAGUUUGUCAAAUACUUCCCGCUUAAGUCAGCAUUUCAGCGCGAUGAAUUUCAGGUUUCUUUAUUCUUCAAACUCCUUUAGAGCCAAAAAUGUGUGCAAGACUGCCAAUACUAAUAAGCAAAAAAGACUGAAGACCUGGAAUCAGCCAAGUGGGCAGAAUUGAUAGAUGAAUUUGUUCAUAACCAUCAAGAGUUCGUGUGUGUGUGUGUGUGUGUGUGUGUGUGUGUAAAGCAUUUAGUGUGUAACAUUGCUCUCAUAACUAUCUGUUCGGAAGUCAUUUCCAGUCACUAACAUUUUGAGGAUGACACUAUAAAAUGGUAAAUCUUUCUUCAUACUAUCUUCAAUUUUAAGAAGAAAAAACAAUUUUGUGCUAUUCCUCUAAGAAAAAUAAGAUCAGGUUCACAUGGACAGAAAUGGGAUAAAUAAAUUGCUUUCAUCAUUAAAAUCCUAGGGGCUGGGGAUUUAGCUCAGCGGCGCAGCACCUGCCUGGCAAGUGCAAGGUCAUGAGUUCGGUUUCCGGUACCGGAAAAAAACCAAAACAAACAAAAAAACUAUCAUUAAAAUCCUAUACACAUCCUAUUAUAAUUUUCUUAGUCCAAAGAGAUUAAAUGGGACAUGGUGAAAUUUCUGGUAAGGCUUAAAAGGAUCCUACCACGAGGGCAGGGAACAUAUUUCUCAACAGUUGUUCACUUUGCAGUUUUUGGAUGAUCUGUGAACUGUAGCUUUCUUCUAAUCAUCCUUUUUCAUGAAUCAUUUCCUUAAGUUGGUUCUUCUAUCCUUGGCCUUGGCUAAAAGCAGUAAACUUCAGUGACUCUUACAUUGAUUCUGCAAUCUGGAUCUCCCUCCCUCUUUUCCUUCAUACCUUUUUCUCUUUAAAUGGUGGUACCUUAUUCUGUGAGGAUAAUACUGGUGGGCAACAGCUAGCUUCUGGCACCUUCAUAAAAUACCUCAGAAUAGCUUAGCAUUGUUGCAGAACUGGUUUUAAACUAAAAACCAAAUAAAUAAAAUUAAAACAUUAUAAAUAGUGGAAAUAAUUCUAGCUGUAGUAUUUAGUUAAACUAACGUUUAUUAUGAUUGAUAAAUCUGAUUGAUGCUGUAUGUAUUUGGGAUCCUGUUUAUAGGUUACAGUUUAUAGGGUUAGGGAGGGUGGUCAGGGUAGGGGAGAAAAAAGUUGAUUAUGUUAGAAGGAAAAUGUUGCUCGUGUGUGUUUUUCUUUAUAUCUGUCUUGCCAAAGGAAACUUGAUAAUCCCCUGUGAUUGAGUUUCGGAUUUAUUGGCCUCUGUGGUCUGAUCUGCAGCACAGUGUGUAGGGGCAUGCAGGUGAUAUGUGGGGUGUCCAAUAGGUUCAGGGUCCCAAGGGCACAUUUAUAACCCUUCCUAUGGCUGCCCAUGUUCCCCAGACCUGCAGCCUCUUCUAAUGAUUCAUUACCUCUGUGUAUAUAGCAAAAGCUUAGGUAAAGGACGAAUGUGUAAAUGUCUGGAUGUGCAGAUGAAAAGUAGAGACAGAAAUAAAUAUGCACCAACUAAUUUGGAGAGGAAUGGAGAGGUAAUUGUAGCUUAAUGUAGGAAAAUAGGAAACAAGCUCUUUUAGUCACCCUGUGUUAAUGAAUGUUGUGCUAGUAGCCCAACAUUUAAAACCUUCUUUUUUUAAUACCAAGACUUGUUCUGCCUAAAACAAAAACACAUACAGAAGAGAAACCAAAUCAAGCAAUUGAAAGUUAGCCUGCUCACUUCACACCUGUGAUAGGUGUGCCUUUAAGGACUGGUUGGUUGGCAGGAUAAAAGAUGCUGUUGUUCUGGGUGCAGUGUGAAUGAGAAGUGAUGCUGGUUUUAAAAGAACUUAGUCUUCUCUGCCCUUGCUCUGGGACAGAUUUUGUUUGGUUCCCAGAGUUCUGAUAAAGACUGAAUCUCCAAAAAGGCUUUUUUGGUUUUAAAUAAAUGAUCUAUCUCAUAUAACUUACAUGAGAUUUGGUUUGGAUACCAAAGACAUUGCUAUGUGAUUUUUUUAUCCUUAGUUUCGAAACAGGCAGAGGGAAUAGGAGCAAAGGAUGAAGUUCAGUAAACCUUUGCCUUGUUUCUUCUCUUUCCCUUUCCUUUUGCUCUUUCCCUACUUUUUGAAAGAAGUCUUGUUGGUUAUCUGGCUUUGGCAAAGAGAUUUACUUUGUUUCACUCUGCUGGCUUUGUAAAGAUGGAUAGAAUUGCUAAGUGUACCAGUGAUGUUCUUGGAAUUGAGAAAUUUUAGAAAUGCAAAAGAUGGGGGUAGAAUUCUUUAUUUCUUUAUCUAGUACAGUACUUACAAAUAGAACCAAUACAGCCUCUUUGAGUUCAGACAAUAUUUUAGAUGUGCCAUCUCUGUUUCUGUCUCUUGAAGAAGCAUUUUCAAGAGCAGGAUUACAUGGAAAACCAAAAGAUUUUCCCUUACUCUUCCACAGAACUGUUUAUUCUAAAACAUUUUUAUAAUACAGCCUCUCAGAAAUUGAGUAGUUUUGAUGUAGUAUUGAUAGCACACAGAGAGGGAGAGAGGGAAAACAAUAUAUUGCUCUCUGAAUAGUCCAUCAGAAAUGAUCAGGUUGCAGAACUUCAUGAAAGCUUUCCUAAUAAUUUUUUCGUUCUGACAUGAUGUAAAAGUAGUGUUAAUGUUGUGUGACUUUUCAAAGCAUUAGGUAGAUUUACAGGUAGGUGAUAGGGAUAGUGAAGAUAAGAGCACUUGAAACAAAGGCUAUGGGAGAGCAAAGAGUGUGUAAAGAACAAGGGUUUGAGCCUGGAAGUAAAGCUUCCAGGAGCUGGGGAGAGAAAAUGAUGAUUCUUCCUGUGCCCCUGAGUCUGCCCACAGUGCCACUUUCUAGUUCUUACCCAGGACACUGUCAGAACGUUAAGACCCCCAAACUAACUUACUAUAAAACAAUAUUGAGGUCUGCUGCAAAGUUUCCCCAUGUUUUCUUUGUUUACUUGUUCAUCAUCGUGUUAGUUGGCCACAACCUUACAAAAGCAGCUUAAGGCUUCUUUCAUAAAUUGGCAGCAGCAGUGAACUCUCCAACAUUAUAUACGAGUCUGCAGGCAGACAGCUGAGUACAGAGCUGUUCAAAAAUAUGAGACAUCUGACCACUUAGUUCCUUAAGAACAGUUUUAAAAAACAGAGCCAACUCCCAUCCAGCCCUAACACUGUCUCAAGGUGUAAGAAAAGAGGAGGAAAUAAAAUGCACUUUCAGAAGCUGAAAUGACAGCACCUGUAACACCGAGGUCUUGUGUGGCUGGGGGGAGCCAUGGCUUUUUUUCCAUUCCUGCGUGACGUGCAGAAGCAUGUCACCUCCUAAGUGGAGUGCCUCGUUCCGGCCUGGGUGGAGAAAUGAAAGGAGGAAUCAUGACACUUUGCAACCAUUUUCUCAUACCGACUUCUACAACAGAAAAAGUGGUCGUUUCUGAGAACCAAAGGGUAAGGAGAUGAACAGACUUGUAGCAGCCUCUUACCUCUGCUUGCACGGGCAGUGUGCAUUACCCAGGCCACAGGAGGUCUUGCUGCAGGGAGACGUCCCCAUCCCCCUCAUCUGUGGUAGUGGCGAGGGCUAGGUGAGUAAGCGUGGGUUUUCCUGCCCACCACAAGUCCAGGAGCUGUUGUAUACCUCAUUUCUAACUCGUGACUGCGUCACUUGCUUUAGCUUCCUCUCAGCCCUACAGAGUUGCCAAGUCUGCCCUCCCUCCUCUCUGUACUGUUGAACUCUGGCCUAUAGCAUCUUGAGACCUGUAGCCGAGGGUGGGACCUUCUGAAGCCUCCGAAUGUCACUGCUUGAAAGCUACUGCAAAUCCGAGGGCAAAUUGCAAUCUUCUGUUCCUUUCUGUUGCAAAGGGGUUGUUAGAGAUCUCAUCACAUCCACUCUCUGCCAUGAUGCCUUCCAGGGCUGCCCCUGCCCCGCCCUCUCGGAGGCCACAGGCUUCUGUGUAUCUGCAGAACUUGGGGCAGAAGGGAAGACACCAAAGGCUCUUUUAAACUGACUGCUGCAUAUACAUUUCACUUUUUUCCUUUGACAUGACCAAAAA